AUGCCCCGUCCAAUCAUUCAUAAAACACCCGAGGCAAAAUUAGCAGCUGCACGUGAAAAGCGUAGGAGCUAUUAUGCUAGAGACAGGAUUUUGAAGAACCGCAGAGAGCUACGGAGCUCUAACAGCAAGGAAUCACGAGAAGCCAGAAAAUUCUCAAGAGACCUGUCAAAGGCUGUUGCAAAAGCCCUGCGUCGUGAUGAAGAUGAAGAUAACCUUCCUGAAUGCUUGCGCAUCGUCAAAGAGAUCAAGGAUGAGAUGUUGGCAAAGAUCAACGACCCCUGCACUUUCGUCCAUGGCAUCUUAUGUGCCUAUGUUAAGAAUAUGCCGGACAACUCAUCUACCAAAGCCGACAUCUCCAUCAUCGAAAUGCCAAUGGCCGACAUCCAAAAAUUACUCAAUCGUACUACUGCCGCGCAAGACCAAAUCCUUAAUUUUUGCGGAGUCUUGCCUGAAUGGCAUGCCGCAGAUUCUGUCAGCCGUUUUUUGAGGACUGUCCUCACGUAUCUGGAGGACAUCCAAUUUCUGGUGCUUUAUGGAGGAAUUCCUGACCUUACACUUGCUCACUCUAUGGGGGAGUUAAUGUACCAGAAAGGCACCAGGAUUUGA